AUGCCUCCCAGACUGUCCUUCUUGCCUGCGGUCACCGCGCCUUCCGCCUUCCUCCGUCGUCUGGCACGACCUCUCUCCACAACACCCGCCCUCAGCCAAUCCAAACCCAACUCCGCCUCCGACAUUCUCACCCUCGACGAGCGACCUGCUCCCGGAAACAAUGCUGAACGCGUUCAGAACCUCGUUCGCGGCGGCAAGUUCGCCCAGAGCGAGGCACAGCUAGCUCGCAAGCGUUUCGAGCUGCAGCAGCUGCGCGAGCGCAAGACCAGCGACGACUAUAUGAAACAGAUGCCACGAAAGUGGAAAACCGGCGAUGUCUACGCGCCGCACGACAUGAAUCCUCACCAACUGGCUAGAUGGAAGAAGAAGACGGCUCCUAAGCGCGAUGUGACGGAUUUGCUGUCGCUGAACCCGUUGGACAUGUACAAGAACUUCUCCAUGAUUUCGGAGUACAUGACCUCUUUUGGUCAGAUCAAGAACUCAAGGGACACUGGUCUGCGUCCACGAAACCAGAGGAGGAUGGCAAAGGCAAUCCGCAGAGUCAUCGGUAUGGGCAUUCACCCUAGUGUCCACUUCCACCCUGAGAUCAUCAUGAAGCGAUUGCAGGGCGGGCGGAAGUUGUAG